AUUGAGGUACUGUGUUAUGACCAGGUGUACUGAGGAAGAUGUCUACACAUAAAAAUUAUGAAGAAAGGUUUUUCCUACACGUACCAGCCCUGCUGAUGGACUCGAGCAGGAAUCAACCGGACAGCCGACUUUGGAAAGACACUGGGAAAAAAACAAGAGAACAGCACGGUUACUUGGAGUGCCUGGAUGGAGCAGCUCACAGCUGCUGGGGUGGAAGUGUGAAACUAGAGAAUGGCCUCUUUUCAGCCGACCAGACCUUAGUGGGGCAGCAUGCUGUGAAGAGGAAGAAGGGACCGGCUCCGAAGAUGCUGGGAAACGAGGUGUGCAGCGUGUGUGGGGACAAAGCCUCUGGCUUCCACUACAAUGUGCUCAGCUGUGAGGGCUGCAAGGGAUUCUUUCGGCGGAGCGUAAUCAAGAGUGCGCAGUAUUCUUGCAAGAAUGGUGGCAAGUGUGAAAUGGACCUCUACAUGCGGAGAAAGUGCCAAGAUUGUCGGCUCCGGAAGUGUCGGCAGGCGGGAAUGUUGGAGCAAUGUGUUCUGUCAGAAGAACAGAUUCGACGGAAGAAGAUGAAGAAGCUGGAGGAGGAAGUGAUGAAAGCAGUGAAGGUCCCAAGAUCCUUGUCUGGCUGGGACAUUCCCAAGCUCAACAUGGCUCAAGUUGAGAUGAUCAGAAGAUUGGUCACCGCACAGCAACAGUGCAACAAGCGAUCCUUCAGUGACCAAUUGCAAGUAACCCCUUGGCCACAGAGCAUUGACCCUCACAAUCGUGAGACAAGACAGCAGAGAUUCGAGCACUUCACAGAACUGGCAAUCAUCUCAGUCCAGGAAUUAGUCGACUUUGCGAAACAGGUGCCAGGGUUUUUGGAUCUGACCCGUGAAGAUCAAAUUGCUCUGCUCAAGACUUCAACUAUUGAGAUUAUGCUGCUGGAAACUUCACGGAGGUAUGACCCUCAGAUAGAGAGUAUCACCUUUCUGAAAGAUUUCAGUUACAACCGCGAGGAUUUCGCCAAGGCAGGACUACAGUUUGAAUUUAUCAAUCCUAUCUUUGAAUUUUCAAAGUGUAUGAAUGGCCUGCACUUGGAUGAUGCUGAAUACGCUCUGUUAAUUGCCAUAAAUCUCUUCUCAGCAGACCGUCCAAACGUCAAUGACCACGAGUUGGUGGAAAGGCUGCAGCAGCCAUACGUUGAGGCUCUCCGCUCCUACACACGGAUGAAAAGACCCGAUGAUCGCUUGAUGUUCCCGCGAAUGCUGAUGAAACUGGUUUGCCUGCGGACUCUGAGCAGCGUCCAUUCGGAGCAAGUCUUUGCGCUACGGUUACAGGAUAAAAAGCUGCCACCUCUCCUGUCAGAGAUCUGGGACAUGCAGGAAUGACUGUGGGACUGCCGAUACACGACCCACCUCAGCCGGCCAGGGAAGGGGUGGGGUAAUGAGUUAGUUCACAGGAAAGAGUACAGAUGCAACAACCUUACAGUAUUGAGGGAUGCUUUCAAAAGAUUUUUAAAUGUUGGAUGUAGAAUGUUCCAUUUUGCUAUGCUUUGGUAUAAACUUGUUAAAUGAUUGGUCUAUUUUCACAUUAACCAAGCAGGCUAGUGUUUUUCUGGGAUCAGCAGGAAAGAACCAUGGAAUCAGUUGUUCUGUCUCUGAGACACAGACACAUAACCAAGACUGGGUUAGGAAAUGCUCUUUAUUCAUCACAGGGAAAUCAGGUGAUUAACAAUUGUGACGGGGUACGCCAUACCAGAAGCCAGCAUCAUUAUACUAACACACUCAAAGCAAACUAUUAACUCCUGCAUGAUGAUAUCCAUUUAACAGCUGUAAUUCACUGCAGGCAGGU